AACCAACUCAUCCAUUGUCACAUAUGACUCUGCAUCAUUUUUAAUAUCGAGCGGCUAUUGAAGCUAGCGACAAUGCAUAUUUAUUUGUGAUUAAAUUUGUACCGAACUUGAAAAAAGAAAAAAGAAAAGGGAAAUUGUUUCCCUUGUUACAGGUAACGGAAGUGCCACGUGUGUCGCUGUCAUCAAACAUUCUAUCAAGAUGGCGACCUCUUUACAAGAAAAGCAAGUUAAUGCUUUGAAACGUAUGUUAAAUUUUAAUCAGGUGCCGACCAAAACAUCAAAUGCUGAACCACAGUGGAAAGUCCUUAUAUACGACAGAUUUGGACAAGACAUUAUUUCUCCUUUAUUGACUGUAAAAGAGCUGAGAGAUAUUGGUGUUACUUUACAUCUUAGUCUACACUCCGACCGGGAUCCAAUUCCCGAUGUCCCUGCUAUUUACUUUGUGAUGCCAACAGAUGAUAACAUUCAGCGUAUUUGUAGAGACUUCCAGAACCAACUUUAUGAAUCAUACUAUCUUAACUUUAUUUCUGCGAUUUCGCGGCAAAAAUUGGAAGAUAUAGCUCAAGCUGCUCUUCAGUCGAAUGCAGUUCAACAAGUUUCAAAAGUUUUUGAUCAGUAUUUGAACUUCAUUUCCCUAGAAAAUGAAUUAUUUACUUUGAGACAUCAGGAUAGAGAUUCAAUUUCUUACUAUGCCAUUAAUAAAGGAGAUGUAAAAGACACUGAAAUGGAUUCAAUAAUGGACAGUAUUGUUGACAGUCUAUUUUCUGUGUUUGUAACCAUGGGUGUUGUUCCUGUGAUUCGUUGUCCUCGUGGAAAUGCAGCUGAAAUGGUUGCUGAAAAACUAGAUAAAAAACUUCGAGAAAAUUUAAGGGAUGCUAGGAAUAGUUUAUUUACUUCAGAUGGAGUGCCAGGUCAAUUCAGUUUUCAAAGGCCUCUUUUAGUAAUAUUAGAUCGCAACCUUGAUAUGGCUACCAUGCUCCAUCAUACUUGGACUUAUCAGGCACUAGCUCAUGAUGUAUUAGACCUGAAACUCAAUAGGGUUGAAAUUGAAGAAGUAAUAGAUGAUGAGAUGCAUGUAAGUUCUCCUACCAGAAAACCAAGAACAAAAAAGAAGGUUUAUGAUUUAUCUCCCCGUGAUAAACUUUGGACUUCUCAAAAAGGUCACCCUUUUCCAGAGGUGGCUGAAGCUGUCCAAGAAGAGCUAAAUGGCUACAGACAAGAAGAAGGAGAAGUAAAAAAGCUCAAAGCUGCCCUCGGAUUGGAGGGUGAAGAUGACACAGCAAUUAGUAUGCUGUCAGAUAAUACAGCCAGACUUACCUCAGCUGUGACCUCCCUGCCUGAAUUGUUAGAAAAGAAGAGACUGAUAGAUAUGCAUAUGAAUAUUGCAACAGCUCUACUAGAGCAGAUUAAAGCCAGAAAACUUGAUACCUAUUUUGAAACUGAGGAGAGAAUGAUGAGCAGAUCAACACUUAACAAAUCCCUUAUGGAUAUUAUAUCUGACCCAGAAGCUGGAAAGUCAGAAGACAAAGUUCGUCUUUUCAUCAUUGCACUGAUUUGUGGACCACCAAUGUCAGAGGCAGAGAUAGAUCAGUACUGCGUCGCCCUGCAGGCAGCCAACUGUGAUAUAUCGGCUGUUCAGUAUGUUCGUCGUUGGAAAUCAUAUUCAAAAUUACAGGCUCCACCUAGUCAGUACACAGGAGGGAGCAUUAGCUCUACAAGCAUGUUUUCGGGUCUUCUCUCCAAAGGCUCACAAUUUGUUAUGGAAGGUGUGAAAAAUCUAGUGGUGAAAGGUCACAAUUUACCAACCACACGUAUUGUUGAUGCACUGAUGGAGCUUAAGUCACUACCUGAUAGUGAAGACUAUCGUUAUUUUGAUCCAAAGCUAUUAAGAGCAGACGCCUCUUCAGUACCUCGAAACAAAUCUCCAUUUCAAGAAGCUUAUGUCUUUAUUGUUGGAGGUGGAAACUACAUUGAAUUUCAGAAUCUAAUGGACUAUGUGAAGUCAAAAUCAACACCAUCUGUUCCCAAAAAAAUUGUUUAUGGAUGUAGUGACUUAGUUAAUGCUGCUCAGUUUUUAAAACAAUUAUCCCAUUUGGGACAGGAAAUCUAAAGAUAUCUGAUGCUUUUUAAAAUAACUUAUUUUGUUCUUCUGUUUCUUUGUUAUUGCUUAUGCUUGGUUAUAGAAAUAGUUACUGUUGGUUUUAAGUUGGUACCGGUACUGGUUAUAAGAAUUUUGAUUAUUCAUGCACUGUAAAUUAUUGUUUUCAAAUCAGUUCAAAUAAAUUUGUAUAACUUUUAACUCUUCAAUAUUAAAGUUUUGGCAACAAGUUGGGGGUCUAUUGCAAAUCACCUUAGCCUUUCACUGUUGCAAUCCAGCAGUACUGAGAAGGUACUAAAAUAUAGUUUGAGGCAAGUAGCAUGACAGACUUACUCAAUUUUUUCGGUUCCAAAAUUAUAUUAUUUAGCCAAAGUUUAAUUUAAACUUAAUUUAAAUAGUCAUUUUUAAAUAUUUUUUAUAGUAACAAAGUAUUUUUUACCCCUUUCCAGUUAAAAAAGUUCUUUUAUAAGAUUUUGCAGUGUCAGUCUCAAAUUUUGUGAACCUGGAGAAGAAUGCUUACUCUGGAGGCCUUAGUAAUUAGAGUCUAGUGACAGUUUUAAUUGUAUCAGAAUUCUGGAAACAGCUGCUCAAUGGAAUUUCAAAAGUAAAUGUACCAGUACAUUAAAAAAAAAAAAGCUUAUCAACUUUGUUAAAAAUGAUACCUGCCACGUCUGAAUUAAUACUGAACACAGUAAACCUUUUUAUUUUAUUUAAAAAUUUGAUCAUCACUCAUUGCUUUUGCAAGAAGUCAAAGUAGAUUUGAAAUGUAUGUGGUAUUUUUUCUGACUAGAAAUAAGCCACAAUAACAUAGUGUAUACGGUACCGGUAUUCCUUUGCUUUUAUUACCGGGUACCUCUUCAAAGUCAAAGGAAAUUCUUUGAAUUACCAUUAUAAAUUAGAUACUACAUGAUAAAGGUGUAAAUUACGAAUAAGUUAUGGUAGUUUUCUUCAAAAGCCGCAUGGAUCAAAUAGUGUUGAAAAAAAGAAAAAAACAACAAAACACUUGGAUAAUUGAAACUCUUUUAAGAAUUGUUGAAAAAAAAUUUGCUUUGACUUUGAAUGACAGGUUAACGUCCAGUAGUUGGUAGUAUGGCAGUCAAAUAUAUUUUUUUGUGUAUGUUUUAUUAUAACUGUAAUAUUUUAGUUACCAUGGGCUGUUACGAUGUGGGCAAGAAUUUAAGUUUGAAUCCCAUAAAAUUAAGCAGGAUUGUAUAUUUAUUUUUGGGAAUUUAAACAUAUUUUUUUCUUUCUGUAUGUGAAGAUAGGUUUACUUUCAUUUUCAUGCAAUAUGUAUAUUUACUAUUUAUGAUACUUAAUAUGGUACAUAUUUGAAAAUUAGUUCUGUUCAAAUGGCACAUUUAAAAAUCAUUUAUGCUGGCUAAUGAUUAAAAUUUUAUUUUUUCAGAAUUAUUAAGUUUUUAUGCACCCUUUCAACAGCAUUGCGAAUGUGGUCAGUUAUUAAAUUUAUUUGGUGUUGUCUUACAUCAAGAAGGAUAGAAAAUAUUGUUUCCCCAUUGCCUAAAAACAUUUGCACUUUGUCUUAAUUUUUAAGCACAAUAUAUAUUCUUCCCUAAAAUUAUUGCUGAAAUUGUUUGCAAAACUCUAGUUCAGCUUAACCCACGAACUUGAACUAUCCAUUUAAUCAUUCUGUACUGUGCUGGCAAUUUAGAGCUUUUUGGGUGCCUUUGAAUUAGAAAAAUGUGAUUUUUCACAUGUUAAUACUAUAGCUAGACCCCAUAAAGUAUAUAUUUAUUGAAGUUAGACUGAGUGGGGAAUCAUACUGGCUAUUUAUUAAUGAUAUUUUAUACUAGCUGACCGUGACCUUGGAGUGACCAAAAGUAAAGAAAAUUUUUCUUUUCAAGUAUCUCAAACUACAAUUUUUUGACGGCAUAUUCUUAUAAUGUAAUAUGUUAGCAUUUUUAUUUAUCUUUCAGAAAAUGUAUUAUUUGUAAAUGUUUUGGUUAUUAAUAGAUUUUAAAAAAAAAUUCUUCUGAUAACUAUAAUUACGUUCAAGAAGAAAAGUUAUCAAAGCACGACAUAAACAAUACAUACAUUACUAAAUAGCAAGAAACAGAUACAAUUUUAAAAGCUGCUAUAUAAAUAUAUUUAAUCCAUUAAAUGAAAUAUAAAUAAACAUACAUAGAACAACAUCCAAUUAUUUUUUGUUGGUACAUAAUCAUCUGCAACAUAGUUUUGAACGAGUCCUGUUGUUGAGGCAAUACCUAUUCGUUCUAGGCUUAGAAUACUUAGAUCGUCCGAGUCCGAACUUUAGCUUUCUGAACCACUAGAAAAAUAAUCUGAAUUAGCAUUGUCUUCGUGUGUGAUUCGAAAAUCAUCUUCCGAAUCACUUAAAUCACUAAAAAGUUAUCAAAAAGAUUCCUAACUGAUUUAUUUUGGCCUCACCCAUUUCGCAAAAAUCUAAGUACACAAAUUUGCUUGAUAAAGAUCGUUGUAAAAAAAUAACUCGAAACUUUAAAAAAAGGACACAGAAGAGCGAAAAACGAAAGUCCAUUUAUUAAUAAAAGGAAGUACCGGUAGUUAUAUUUGGUUUAAAAUAUUGGACUGGAACUUAUUCUUUCAACACAAUUUUUAUCGGCCAACAAAGUUUGGGAAGGGAAGAUCGGCCGACGACAAUUCGUGGGUUAAAAAAUUAGAAAAUUCAAUAUCGGUAUUACAUUUUUACUGCAGGCUAAUACUUAAAUAAAAAAAUAAUCUGAAUGAUUUGAUGAGUGACUGUAAUACAAGUAAGCAGGGCGAUAACACGGCAAAAUAUGCUGGGGAAAUUGUCAUUCGCUUGACAAAUACCGAUAUUUAAAUAAACGAUGCCAUAACAGACAGCAUGCUUGUUUGAAUGCAUUUUUUUAUCUGUUAAAGGGGUUAGAUGUAUAAAUUAAAGUUCCCUUCUUAUAAGUUUGACAAGUUCAGUGUGUCACAGUCAUGCACAGUACGUUUCUUAAAACAAUGUUUUUAAUGCUGUAUGUGGUAGAAUGUAUUGUUAGCAAGUAUGAUUGGAUGACUUAAAAUAAAAAAAAAUAUUGAAGCAAAUGGUUUCAUUAAAAAGUCGGAGACGUACACUUUCAGACGUACUCUGAGGGAGACGUACACUGUCGGAGAUGUACACUGUCUGUGUCACCAUUAAGCCUGUUAAUAAAUAAAUUUAUUUUGUAUCUCAAUACUUUCUUCAAUUAUAUGUUCUCAGAUAUAAUAAAUAUUUAUGUCGACUUAUUCAUGGUCUUUGCAUUACCAAAAAAUGCCAAAAAAAUAGAAAUGAUAUCUGGGAUACUUGGUGUUGUUCAAGUCUCAAUAAAUAUCUGAAUGCAC